UUUUUUGACAGUUAUUUGACAGUAAAAAAAAAUAACUGUUUUUCACAGCCAACGAGUUUAUUUGAAUGAAUUAUUUUUUGUGUUUUUUUGUUUUUUGACAGCCCCCGAUUCGAAAGUGGCGCGUUGGUUGCGACAGCUGCACCCGGGCGCUCCGAGGGGGCCACGCCGCGCAAGUCAACCCAACCGCCCUUCGUCCGGCUCAGUCAACCUCGUGUGUCUCAGGAGCGAGGCGGCGCCCCCAAACCGCCGUUGCCAGGAGCUCUCACACCCAUCAAAAACCCAUCAAAAUGGACGCUUUCGAGGCAUGGCGGAGCUACGCCACCAUCUGUCGUCUCUGCCUCCAGAAGGACGGCUUCAUGUUGGGCAUUUUCAACAACGUCCAAGGCAAAGACAAGAGCAUCUACAAGAAGAUCAUCGACUGCACCGCCUUGCAGAUCAGCCAUGGCGAUGGCCUCCCCAAUGUCAUCUGUCACCGCUGCCUCUACAAAAUCGAAUUCUGUCUCGAAUUUCGCAAAUUAUGUUUCAUGUCGGACGCCACCCUUCGUCAGUUGACCGCCGCCAUGACCAAUGAAACAAUAGAAAAUGAAUGUGGUCCCGCCCCUCAACUCCCCUACUUCGAACAAUUAGCCAAUGGUAACGAAGAGGACGUUGUUAUGGUAGUCGAUCCGACCGCCCUCGAUUACGAAUCAUCGUACGAGAGCGAAAAUGAACGAAUCAGCGAUACGGAAAAUGUCGAAGAGGGGGGUAAAAACGUAUCAAUGUGUCGGUAUUGUGACCACGCCUUCACCGACAAGCUCGAAUGUGAAGGUCAUGAAAAUACAGCACAUGAUAAUAAUGUGCCCUACACUUGUAGCCUUUGUGAGAUGGGUUUUGCAGAUAGAAUGCAAUAUUCAGCCCAUUUGAAAUCAGUCCAUCAAAAUGAUAAACCAUAUAAUUGCCCACAAUGUGAACGAACCUUUGCACGAAGGUCCGAUUUGAGGAAACACACUGUAGUACAUACAGGGAUCAAACCAUACACUUGUAUAGUAUGUUCGAAAUCAUUUUCGCGAAAUACGAAUCUUUCGAAACAUAUGAGGAUACAUUCUGGUCAAAAACCAUUUGUUUGUCCGAAAUGUCCGAAAACUUUUUUCUCCAAAGGUGACUUGACUCGACAUGCUAUUAUACAUUCUGGUCAAAAACCGUUUAAUUGCAACUAUUGUCAUUUGAGUUUCGGACGUAAAGAUAAACUCAUCAGACAUGAAAAACGUCAUUUCCCCCCUCUCCAUCAAGAGCAAGACAAAGAGGAGGAGAAUAUGGUGAUUAGUGUUGAUCCGUUUCAGCACGAUAUUAAAAGCGAGAACCAAUCGGAGAUCGAUUUGGGGGAAGUACCGCCCCCAAAGGAGGAGUUGCGUGAUUUGCCUCAGAUUCCCGCCCAUAUCACUGGAGAUAGUUUCGGGGAAGAACGCAAACGCUACUCUUGUGAUUCUUGUCCUAAGACUUUUUCCAAUCCGGAGAAUAUGAGGUAUCAUCAUGCGACUCAUUCCGGUGUGCGUCCACAUGCGUGUUCGGUGUGUAAGAAGACUUUUAUAAGGAAGAGGGAGUUGGAUCGGCAUUUUGCAACGCAUACUGGGAUGAAACCGUUCAAGUGUGUCAAGUGUAGUAAGAGUUUUGGAAGGAAGGAUAAGUUGGUUAGGCAUAUGAGGAUUCAUGAUGUUAAUAAGGAACAUUCGUGUAUGAUGUGUGCAGCGACGUUUAAUCGAAGAGAUGGAUUGUUGCAGCAUAUUAAAACGCAUGUUAAGAAUGAACAGACUUAGUUGUGGUUGUUUUGCACUGAAUAAAGUAUUUUUGCAUAGAAA